GCCGCGACGGAAUGGUGGGAUAUUCCGCCGCCGAUAAUUUUUCUGCCGUUUGGCGGUGAGGAUUCGUCGCAGCCGCAGCUUCAGGAUGGCACCAACUGCUGCAUCACCAAGCGGGUGCUGGCAGCGGGAGAGAGGGCACGAGCGAUUUUAAAGGAGAAGCCAGCCGACAGCCCAGCAAGACCGUCCCUUCGCGCCGCCCGUCGACCCGACGCUCCCAGAUCGCCACGCCUCCCCGAACCCAAACAAUGGCCGCCUCCCGCAUCCUGCGCGCGCUCCCCGCCGCCCCUCUCAGCCUCGCACCAGCCUACAGGCUUGUCAUCGCAACACCAGCGGCGAGACGAACAUAUAGCGCCGCGGCAAACACGACGGCAACGAUCACCGAUACCCCCACCGCCACCCCCACUACCACCUCCGCAGCAUCCCCUCUCCCUCAGGCACCGCCGGCGGCGACGCCGAGUACCGCUGCCGCAACGCAAGUCGACGCGAGAGCCGGGAGACGUGGGGAGCUCAACUACUUUGUCGCCCGCACGCCGUCCAACAAGCUGCCCAUAUACGAGGACACACAGAGAGGCCCCAGGACCCUGCUGAGGAAAAUCGAGGGCAACAGCGCCGCCCUCAGGCUCGAGUUGGUGCGCCUGCUGCAGCUGGACGACGAGAAGGUCUUGGUAAACCCAAGGACGAACCACAUCAGGAUAAAGGGCCAUGUCAAAGCCCAACUGGCGCCCAUUCUGCAAGAAAUGGGCUUCUGAAGACCCGUGGUCGCGAGAUUCCGCUUGUUUUACAUCUGGCUCGAGCAAGAGAAUGUACUAAAACCAACGCAUAACAUUGUGUACUAUAACGAGGAAAGGGGGCACGGCUUUUGGAGUAUAACGGGGCUGAUAUCAAAUCCGAUCCAUAAUCAGCUGUCGGGCUGGACAAUCCAGCCAGAUAUUCACACUUCGACACCCAAAUGCGUAGCGUAGCCGAAAUACCGGGCAGACCAACUGCACCGAUCACGACUUCACUGACAAGUCGAGAGAAACCCUUGCCGUUAUGCAUAGAUAUAAUCGUCCGGCCCAUAAUGGUGCUAUGAACGUAGGCAGAGAGGCAUACGAAGAAAAUGUACGCUGUAUCAUAUACAAUCAC